UCAAUUGCCAUCAAGGUGCACGAUGCAUGAUGACUGAUGAUGACUACUUACCAUCCCCACAUCAUUAGAAUUAGAAUUUAACUUUUGAAGUAAUGUUGAGGCCUUGUUCUACUUUACUACGAUCUGCUCGAAACAAUUUAAAUUUUAUAUUUUCAAAAACCUACUUUACAUCGAAUAGAGCCUAUGCUAAUUUUAGGUCGAUGACAGAAAUUAACAGGAUACAAGAAUCUUACCUUCAGGAACCAUGUAUUUUGGUAGAUAAUGAUGACAACAUCAUUGGUUCAGGUUCUAAGAAACAGUGUCACUUAAUUGACAAGGGCAAUAAUAAAUGUCCUCUUCACAGGGCAUUUAGUGUGUUUCUUUUUAACCAAUCAGGAGAGUUGUUAAUUCAACAAAGGUCAGAUGCAAAGAUAACAUUCCCAGGUUUCUGGGCUAACACAUGCUGCAGUCACCCACUGAGUAAACCUGAGGAACUAGAGGUAGAGGGAGCUAUUGGGGUCAAAAGGGCAGCUCAGCGUAAGCUGAAACAUGAACUUGGAAUUGAAAAAGUACAGGUGCCAUUAGAGGAUAUUCACUUUAUUACAAGAGUCCAUUACAGUGCCCCCUAUAAUGAGACCUGGGGUGAACAUGAGAUCGACUACAUCCUGUUUACUCAAAGAGAAGUUAGCCUCCAACCAGAACCAAAUGAAGUACAGAACUACAAAUACGUUACUCCAGAGCAAAUGAAAGAAUUUUUGGCGAAUGCUGAUAAAACUAGCACAAAAAUAUCACCUUGGUUACAGUUAAUUGCAAAGUCGCAUUUAUUUGACUGGUGGAAAAAUCUUGACAACUUAAAGUCUCUCUAUAAUCAUCGCACAAUCUUACGACUUUAAAAUGUAAUUGAACUGAAAAAGGUCAAUGAACUAUGUGACAGUUUUCUUUGACUAUGCACAACAUAGUAUUUAAAAUAUAUGAUUAUGUUUAUAUUUUCAGUUACAUAAAUCUUAUUUAUUCUUGGUCGGUACUUUCUACUAUUAAUCCAGAUCUUUCAUUAUAACACAUUCAUUUCAAUAUUUCAAUCCAACAAUAUGUCUUUUUUCAAAAAUUAACAGCCAUCUUAUUUUUUCUGUAAUAUCUGUAAUUCACCUCCACAAACACAAUACAAGACAAUACUGUACCAGUUUUUGCAUCAUUUUGACAUUUAUUGUCAUUGUCACUUCAUAUAAGCAAGUAGGUACCAAUUUACAGUUUAGUCGAUUGUACCUUGUUGUGUACCAAAUUAUUUGUAUUGAAUAACAGAUUGUUCAUAAACAUGCAGUACUGUAUAUCGCAUACAAUAUUAUGUAUCCCACACACAAUUUUUGAUCAUAUGACAGACCCAUUUUCUUAAUUUUAUUUUUCCAACCAUGAUACCACAUACAAUUUUACAACAUAACUCACUACAAAGCUAAGCAUGAUUCAACAGACCCAUCUUCUAAGUUAAUUUAAGAACCAAUUUUCCGCAAGCAAUUUUGCAACAUAUCUCACUACGAAGCUAUUCAUGAUUUACAAAACUCAUCUAAGUUAAUUUAUCAACCAUAAUAUCGCAUAUAAUUUUACCCCAUAUCUCGCUAAAAAGCUAUGCAUUACUCAACAGACCCAUCUUUGAAGUUAACUUAUCUUAGCUACCAUAUCACAUACAAUUUUACAAUAAACAGAUUUAUACUCUCAGUUUCUUAUUAAUUGUGGUAUUGAAUACAACAAUGUAUCUCGCUAUAAAGCUAUUGAUGAUUUUUACAAAUCCACCUUGGGCUAAUUAAUUAUAUUGAGCUAAAUUUGUAACAUUUUAUUGAUCACUGUGUCUCCACCAAUUAUUUGUUAAUACUUUGUUCAUUUAUAAAAACAAAACACAUCAUAAUAGAAAAUAAAAAAGAAUUAUAUGAUAAAACAGAUACAAAUCAAGGUGAACGUAGAUUGACGGCUGCCAAGGCGUAAAAGGUUUUGCAUGAUAUAUUCCUUCCACUUCUUGGCGGCUCUGUAGCUAGUCAAAUCAGCUGCAAACAAAUUGCAUAUCACAAUACUAUACUUAUAAAAAUGCAAUAUAUGGAAUGUGCAUAUAAUAUACAUUACUAUUUACAAUACUACUUUACAUUUUAUAUAACCAUUUAAACUAAACACGGGUAUAAGGUAUAUAUAGUUUUGAAAGCACAAAAUUUGCCUACUUAUAGUAUGCCACAGCAAUGUCAUAUUUGAAUUAAUAUAUAAAACUAUAAAAAUUAUUUAAAUAUUUGCAGUUUCAAGGUUGUUGUACCCAGAACCACAAAACUGGUACAAUGUUUCCAAAUUGUGGCAUCCUGGUAAAAUAAAUAGAUAAAUAAAAAAAGAAAUAACAGACCCUACUGUUUUAUUAAACAUGCUUUAAAAUGAUAUUUACAUACCAGCUAGGCAAGAUACUGAUCAUCACAAAAUGUUUCUGUCCUAGUUUACCUGUUUUGCAUCCCUAAACACCCCUCCUUAUCCUCCACUGAAAGACGUAAAUGAAAUA